AUGUAUUCAAUUGAGAAAACAAAGCUUUGUGAUUUGUUGCAACUUGUUCCUGGUAGAAUAGCAUUAAUGUCAGAUUGUUGGACUUCUAUGACAACUGAUGGGUAUAUUUCAUUGACUGCUCACUUUGUUGAUCAUAAAUGGUGCUUGCAAAAAAGAAUUUUAGCUUUUACUUCUAUGCCUCCUCCCCAUAAUGGUGCUUCCUUAGCUGAAAGAGUUUCUGGCUUGUUAAAACAAUGGGGAAUUGAUAAUAAAAUAGUUUCCAUAACCUUAGAUAAUUCAUCUUCAGAUGAUUCUAUGGUUGAUGCACUAAAGUUUGAUUUGAAUUUGAUGUAUGAUGGUGAUUAUUUUCAUUUUCAUUGUUGUGCUCACAUCCGUAAUUUGAUUGUACAAGAUGGCUUAAAAGAAUUAGAUGGAGUUGUCGUUAAGGUGAGUGAUAUUGUUAAGUAUUGCAAAGGUUCUCAAGCUAAAUAA